CGGAGGCGGCGGUGGCAGAGCCAGUGCCAGCGCCGCGGAGCGAAGGGCUCGGGGGCUGUUGCACGUCGCCGCCGACAUGGAGACGUUGUACCGGGUGCCUUUCAUGGUCCUGGAGUGUCCCAACCUGAAGCUGAAGAAGCCGCCAUGGGCCCACAUGCCGUCGGCUAUGACGGUGUACGCCCUGGUGGUGGUGUCUUACUUCCUCAUCACUGGAGGAAUAAUUUAUGAUGUCAUUGUGGAACCUCCUAGUGUUGGAUCUAUGACAGAUGAACAUGGACAUCAGAGACCAGUUGCUUUCUUGGCAUACAGAGUAAACGGACAAUAUAUUAUGGAAGGACUUGCAUCCAGUUUCCUGUUUACAAUGGGAGGUUUAGGUUUCAUAAUCCUAGACCGAUCCAAUGCACCAAAUAUUCCCAAGCUCAAUAGGUUUCUUCUUUUAUUCAUUGGUUUCGUCAGUGUCCUCUUGAGUUUCUUCAUGGCGAGAGUGUUCAUGAGAAUGAAGCUGCCGGGCUAUCUGCUGGGUUAGAGUUCCUUUUGUGAAGACACAACCGUAACUGGAUUUGCUCCUUUUAAUGGCGUUUCAAAGGCCGUUCUGCCCGCCAGGACAAAGCUUGGAACAUGGAUUUACUGUGUCUCAGAAUGACAUAAGGAAAGGCCUGGUGUAAAAAUGCAAAAGGUUUUAGUCCAAUUUUUGGAAAAAACCCUCUUGGUCCCCUUGAUGUGAUCAUCUUAUAAUAAUAAUAGUAAUAACACCAUUGUUUUUCUAUAUUGACCCACCAUUCAUGUCAAGUAAUCACAUCUGUCCUCUUUGUUUUUUCCCCCCAUUUUUGAGAGAAACUAUUUUCCUUUGUAUAAUGAAAGUAUUGAAUAAAGUAUUUCCUUAUUUCCUACAAGCCUCUUUGUAAAUUUCACCUUUUCAGGAAAAGACACUUUUGGUGAAGAUGUGCACAAGUCCAUUCAGGGAGCUGGAGCCUCCAGGCUGAUGACUCUGUCCAGGGCUCAGCUUUGCCUUGACCCUUCAUUGUUUUAAGUGUAGCUCUCAAAGGCUGUGAUUUUGUGUGAGACUGUGUUCCCUAAACAGUAAGAUGUAUGAAAGGAGCCUAAAUAAAUCAUUUUUCUACUGA